CUAAUACGCAAUUUGAACAGCUGCUGGCCCUUACCGGCAAGUGCCACUCCAACCGAGUUCAAAGUGUCCUUGAACUUAUUCAGUGCACAACAGGAGAUCUCUGGGUUUGCUCUAAUCUACAAAAAUUGAUGAUAAGGGCAAUAUUUUCAACUGGUACACAUUGGCAAUCUGUUCUUCUCGCUGAGUGGAAUCAAUUUGUUGGAUCAAGCACACAAUGGCGACUGCAGGUCAAGUGAUUAAAUGUCGUGCAGCAGUGGCAUGGAAAGAGAAGGAGCCAUUGUCAAUCGAAGAAAUUGAGGUAGCACCUCCGAAGGCUAAUGAGGUUCGCAUCAAGGUCGUCGCAGCGGCCCUGUGUCACACCGAUGCAUAUACCUUGGGGGGACUAGACCCCGAGGGUGUCUUCCCCAGUAUUCUGGGGCAUGAGGGCAGCGGCAUUGUCGAGAGCAUCGGCUCAGGUGUCACUGAGUUCCAGCCCGGAGAUCAUGUCGUUCCUCUCUACACUCCUCAGUGCAGAGAGUGCAAAUUCUGCAAAUCUCCGAAGACCAAUCUUUGCCAGAAAAUUCGAGCCACUCAGGGAAAGGGUUUGAUGCCUGAUGGUACCACUAGGUUCACCUGCAAGGGGAAGUCCAUCUUCCAUUUCAUGGGCUGCUCGGUUUUCUCGGAGUAUACGGUCGUUGCCGAUAUUUCCCUUGCGAAGGUGAACCCGAAAGCUCCUCUGGAGAAGAUAUGUCUCCUCGGUUGUGGAAUUCCCACUGGCUACGGGGCAGCCCUCAACACCGCCAAAGUCGAGCCCGGAAGUACUUGUGCCAUCUGGGGACUUGGGGCUGUUGGUCUAGCAGUUGCUCUGGGGUGCAAAGAGGCUGGCGCAUCCAGGGUCAUCGGGAUCGACCUUAAUUCGGAGAAGUUCGAACCAGCUAGAGCCUUCGGGUGCACGGAAUUCAUCAAUCCGAAGGAUCACACUCGUCCCAUUCAGGAGGUUUUGGUUGAACUCACUGAUGGGGGAUUGGAUUACACUUUCGAGUGCGUGGGAAAUGUACAGACUAUGAGAGCAGCUUUGGAGGCUUGCCACAAAGGUUGGGGAACGUCUGUUAUCGUGGGAGUUGCUGCUGCAGGUCAGGAGAUCAGCACUCGUCCAUUCCAACUUGUCACUGGUCGUGUAUGGAAAGGCACUGCCUUCGGGGGCUGGAAGUCUAAGGAUAGUGUACCAAAGCUUGUUGAUGAUUACCUGAAUAAGAAAUUAUUACUCGACGAGUUUAUCACUCAUACCAUGAAGUUUGAGAAGAUCAACGAGGCGUUUGAACUGCUUCACUCCGGAAAAUGCUUGAGAGCAGUUCUUCAAUACUGAAUCUUCCAGUUCUUUGGGAUGUUCUACGUUCAAUAAUUAAUGUAUACGUGUUUUGAAAAAUAUAUAGGAUUUUUUAUACCAGAAAUAAAGGUAAAUUUAGUAUUCUUGAAA